AUGGCGCAGGCAAUAUUUGAAGUGCUCGAAGGCAUGGACAACCAGACAGUGUUGGCGGUCCAGUCACUGCUGGAUGGCCAAGGCGGAGUUCCUGACCCAAACAACCAGAAUGUCUCUGGGACGCCCACAAUCCAGUCUAUGGACGAUGAGGACGUGUUCCUGUGUGGGAAGUGUAAAAAACAGUUCAACUCUCUGCCAGCUUUCAUGACACACAAGAGGGAACAGUGCCAGUCUAGCGCCCCCUCCCUGUCCACAGUGUCCCUGGCUUCCAGCAACGCCUACACGCCCGUCCCUUCUAUCAGCUCCGGACCACAGACUCCUGCCAACAGACAGGUAUCCACCUACAUCACAGUCCCUCCUUCCCCUCUGACACACACUCUGGUCCAAGGCAACGUGCUGGUCAGCGAUGAUAUCCUCAUGUCAGCUAUCUCAGCCUUCACUUCCAUUGACCAGCCUAUGGCCACCAUGCAGACACCUAUACAGAGUAACCUCAGCAUGCACACAGCUGGGGUUUCGUACCUUCAGCACCAUCACCACCACCACCACCAUCAUCAUCAUCACCAACAACAGCAGCAGCAGCAGCAGCAACAACAGCAACAACAGCAACAACAGCAACAGCAGUCCUCACACCCCCUGCCGCCUUCUGGCCAGACACCAGCCCACCCCCUUCCAGCUGCACAGCCCACCCAACAGCCGCUCUCGUCUCAAGUCCCAGCGAGCCACAGCAACUCAGUGGUCCAGGUGUACAGCACACUGCCACAUAUGGCUGGGGGUGGUAGUGCAGAGAUCCACACCCUGGGUUUGCAGCCUUUCCAUCCUAUACAAGUGCCCAGUCAGUGUGUGGAGAGCCAGUCAUACACCACCCCUCCUGUCUACAGUCCAGGAAAACAGGGCACCAAAACCAAGACCUGCAGCAUCACCGCCAAUCUGACUGAGCUGGGUGACUUUGAAAAGGUCAUCAUCCCCAAACGACCGAGGUGUAGCAAAAAGAGCCCAGAUGGAGUCACAGCAGAGCAGCUGAAAGGCAAAGGUCCAAAGCUGAAGUGUAAUUUCUGUGACAAAAUCUUCUCGAAAAACUUUGAUCUUCAGCAGCACAUCAGAAGCCACACAGGAGAGAAACCGUUCCAGUGCAUCGUCUGCGGCCGAGCGUUCGCCCAGAAGUCCAACGUGAAGAAACACAUGCAGACACACAAGGUGUGGCCUAUGGGUGUAGCCAGCACGGUCUCAAGAUUACCUAUCACAGUAAAGGUGGUGCCGGUGUCAGGCAAUGAAGAUGAAGCGGGCAGAGAGCAGCAGCAGCAGCAGCAGCAGCAAAGUGAGCAAGAGGAGGAGCGACAACAGCAGCAGAGCAGUCAAACACAAGUAGAGGAAGAGGCAGCUCAAACAGUACACUUGAUUGCAGAACCUCCAAGGGAGUUGGAGCAGAGUGUGACUGAGGCCCAGGUGGAUCCAGAGGGCAGGGGAGGGGAAGAGGUGCAGAACGGGCACUCUCAAGUCCAGAUGCACGAGUCCAACCAGAACCAACAGUGCCAGGCUCAGACCAAACAAAUCGUUGUGAUCGACAGCUCCUACCAGUGCCAGUUCUGCGCCAGCAAGUUCAAAACCUACUUCCAGCUCAAGUCCCACCUGACUCAGCACAAAGGGGAGCAGGUUUAUAAAUGUGUGUUGAAGUCUUGCUCCCAGACCUUCCAGAAGUUGGAUCAGUUCCUGGAGCACAUCAGGACGCACCAGGAGCAGCUGACGUACCGCUGCCACCUCUGCAGCAAGGUGUUCCCCUCGCUGUUCGAACUGGGAGUCCACCAGUACUCCCACUGCUUCUGCCCACAGCAGAACACACGUAAAGAAACCACAGUCUACAGGUGUGUGAAAUGUCAAAGCAGAUAUUCUACCCAGGAGGCUUUGGAACAGCAUCUACUGACAGCCUCACACAGCUUUCCCUGCCCACACUGUCAAAAGGUGUUCCCCUGCGAGAGAUACUUCAGACGCCACCUUCCCACUCACGGCAUCGGAGGGAGGUUCAAGUGUCAGAUCUGCAAGAAGGCCUUUAAGACAGAGCACUACCUCAAACUGCAUACACGUAUUCACUCAGGUGAAAAGCCGUACAAAUGCCCCCUUUGUGAGGCGACGUUCAACAGGAAGGACAAAGUGAAGCGACACAUGCUCAUCCACGAACCCUUUAAAAAAUACAAGUGUCCUUUCAGGACACAUGUAGGCUGCACCAAAGAAUUCAACAGACCUGACAAACUCAAGGCCCACAUUCUGUCACAUUCUGGUAUCAAGCCCUACAAGUGUCUGUUUUGUCAGAAGGCGUUCAGUCGCAGGGCCCACAUGCUGGAGCAUCAGCAGUCCCACACGGAUAACUACCGCUUCAGAUGCCCCACCUGCAACAAGGGAUUCACCAGACAAAGCUACUACAGAGACCACAAAUGUCCAGCAGCAGGGAACGGCUCAGGAAACGAAGGAGGGACCGAAGAGGCAGAGGAAGACGAGGUCGAAGGAGUCGGGGGAAGUAAGGACGGAGAGGAUGACGGGAGGAGAGGAAGGUUCGCGAGAAAAGCGAAAAGGAUAGGUGCUGGCGGAGGUGACAGAGAGGAAGACGAUUGCUCAAAGGGCAGAUUAGAGCAGGUGGAAACGCUAGGGGAGGAGGAGGAGGAGGAGGAGGAAGGAAGGACUGACGAGGGUUGCAAUGCUGCGAUGUCGAUCACCACCUCAGAGGAGCACACACACAGAGAAGAGGAGCAGCAGGACAAUGGGGUGGAACACAGAGGCGAGGUGAUGGAGCAGAUCCAGAGCAACGACCAAAACUGUUUGCAGCAGCCAUGUUUGUAGUUCUAGGCAUCGUCUUUGAAAGAAUGCUUCCCAGACACUGACCAACUAAACAACAACAAUCAAAGUCUGGGAAAUGAUCUGUUUUACAUUAAAACGUUAUUUAUAUUAUUUAAAUGAUAUGCACUACUUUUCUCUUUAACUGUAUAUGAAAAUGAUUUGGGGAAUAUGUUACCUGGUAGAUGUGCCACCCUCUUGAAUACACAUCUUGUGCAUUAUAAGCCAUAGAGAUUAAUUUAACAGUGCCAUAAUGUCAAAAGCAAUUGGUGACAUUUUCUGUCAUUUUAUGUAGCAAAAGGUUACCCAUAUCUCAAAGUAGAUUUAAGUCCGUGUAAAUAUUCUUGCAUUUUCAGUAAAAUUCCACC